ACAUUUUUGUUGUCUCGGUAUUCUUGUUUCGGAGUUUGAAUUUCGAGAAUGUAAUGAUGAAAUGUUACUUUUUUUGCCACUAAUUUGUGCCGAAAUUGGAAUUUUUGAAAUGCUAGUCAUCAAUUCAAAGGUUCUCAGUUGGUUGGCUCAAACUCAGUUUGUGGUAAGCGAAAAGGACAAAGUGGAUGGAACAGUUUAUUCUUAUUGAAAAUGUAGAGUACAGAUUGCUGCUAAAUAGUCCAUUAUCAGUCUUCCUGAAGAUUUCUUCUUUUAUCAUCUCAUGCACAAGGUUGUCAGACACCUUGAAGUUGGAGUAUUAUCUCGCCAGGGAACCUUUGAUUCCUCCACAGAAAUAGAUCUCAGUCGUCGGUUAUUGUUGGUGAAUGGAGCAGGAGAGAGAGAUUAUGCUGGAUUCUCACAACAGAUGAUUUGAACGAAACUGGUUACCCAGUCAUUACCUAUGCCAAACCAAACUGUAGUUGUCUGACAUAACGCCUGUGAAACUUUCUGAUAGAAAAUAAGUAAAUUUUGGUGUAUACUUUGCCGUGAUGGAGGGCCUCAGUGAAAGCGAUUUGUCCAAUAACAUAUCUCAGCCAAACAAGAAAAAAUUACGGAAGCAGCCACCACCUCGUAAACCACCUCGUAGAUCUAUUUUAACUAAUGAUGAUAAAGCUUCAAAAAAACUCAACACCAAUUCUUUUAUUUGUAAGUUUUGUAGAUCUAAUUUUUCUCUUAAAAGAAGCCGUAAUCGUCAUGAAGGUUAUUGCAGUGCCAAUGCCGAUAGACGUCCACCCACAUUUUCAUGUGCUCAUUGUAAUUCAUCGUUCAAUUUAAAACAAAAUUUAACCACUCAUUUGAAGACUUGUUCACCUGGAACUUCAGAAUCUCAACACCGGAGAAACAAAACCCCUUGCCUCGUAAAGGGUUGUCUCUUAAAAUUCUUCUUCAAAACCCAACUGAUUCAUCAUAUGUCAUCAGUUCAUAAAGAUGAAAUCACCAUCCGUCCCAAGGUAACUAAAACUUUUGCAUCUAUUGAUGAAUUUAAAGCGUGGAAGGAAAAGGAAGAAGAAAGCACAUUUUCGUACUUUUCUGCCCGAACAGGUCAGGCAUCAAAGUUGGUGAAACAUUACUACUGCCAACAUGAUGGCCCGCAAAAGUCGCAUAAAAAGCUUUCACCAGUCUCAAGUAAAUGCCGCAACAAAGGAAGAGUAAAAGUAGGACAUUAUUGUAUCGCAAAAAUUAAAGUUACAGUGUCUCAGAACAAAUCUGUUAUUGUAGAUUAUUACCCGACUCAUAGCCACGUUUGCAAACCGAAAGAUACGCUACAUCACCCCCUACCGGCUGCAAUGUCUACAUACAUCAAUGAAAGACUUGCAGAAAACAUACCACCAACAGUUGUCCAUCAGAUCACAAAAGAGCGCUUCCUCCCAAAAAAUAAUCUUGGUGUGCAUGACACAAAAGCUAGUAUUCUUCAAAAAAAAUUAAUUUUAGAACGAGAACGAAGGAGGCGUAUGAAAUGUCGGCUUCAUCAGGACGAUGUCGAAUCUGUUUUUUUGCUAGCCCAUGAGAUCAUUGCAAAAGAUAAUUCUCUUUUAAUUUAUAAGCCAUGUGGAAAGAAAGUUGUUCAUGGACCUGCUGAAAUUGAUGAGCUUUCUAAUUCUGAAGAUUUAUUUAUGUUUGCCUUCCAAACAGACAGACAGUUAGAUCUAAUGAAAAGAUAUGGUUCCAAAAUAAUAAUUGUUGGUGUGACUCAUGGGACCAAUCAAUGCGAAUACGAACUGUUUACUGUAAUGGUCGUCGACGAUAAUCGUCGUGGCUGGCCGGUUGCCCAUCUAAUUACUAGCAAGUCUGAUGCUAAUACAAUCAAGUUUUUUUUUCAAACUUUAGAUGCUAGGCUAAAUAAUGAAGUACCACUGAGCUUUGUGAUAACUGAUGAUGAUCCUACUUUGAUAAAUGCUGCAAAUGCAGGGUUUUCUCAGGAAAUAAAGCAUAUAUUGUGUGUAUGGCAUGUCCUCAAGAACCUUGAAGAAAACCUAAGAGCCAAAGUCCCUCUUGAUUUAUUCAACACAAUGUUGUCCGAAAUUAAAGUCAUAAUAAAUACUGCGAGUAAGAGUUCAUUUUUUAAGUUAAAAGAUGAUUUCCUAAGCAAGUACGGAAAUAAUCCGGCUACCUCCGACUUUAUGUCAUACUUAGAGGACCAGUAUUGGAAAAGAGUAGAAAAGUGGUCGAGGUGUCACAGGAACUUCCCUCAUGGAGAAGUAAAUACAAUAGGAUAUCUUGACUCCUUUCAUAAUAGAUUGAAAACUGAGUACCUCAAGCGUAAAGUGAAUAAGAGACUAGAUGACCUCAUUCUUAUUCUGUACGAUAUUGAAAGGGAUGACCACUGCACUCGGCUUAAGGAAGCUGAUGUCGGCUUUUCUGUUCAACAUCAAGAUAUUCUAGAAAGACACAAACGAGGCCUUUUAAUGAAAGACAAUAUGAUCGUAGAGCAAAUUGAAGACAGGCUCUGGGAAAUAAAGUCUGUUGAUACCAAAAGUUGUGAAAUAUGUUAUAUAGAACGCUGCAAGGAGUUAUGUAAUCUUGAAAUGUGUUCUUCUAAGUGCACUGAAGCAAAGUGCCAUGGCCUAUGUUCCCAUAUUUUCGUAUGCAGCUGCUCCGACCACCAUCCUUUGUGCAAGCACAUUCAUAAACUUCAGUCUUAUCUCACUAGAGGUGACCCUUUUGUUCCCUCUGAAGAAAGUUUUUACUUUUUUGAAACUGAAUACAAUGGUGAAGAACUCCAUAGUGAUUCCGAGAGUGCUGUUGAGACCUCAUCCAACCCCUCUGGAAAAAUAGAAAAUAUUCUCGGACAGAUGGCAAGCAAUAUCUCCGUUCUUCAACAGUUUUUAAAUGCAGCCCAAGAAAAUGCAGUCCCUGAAAAUACUAUCAUCCACGUGAAUACUGUUUUAUCUGAUCUUGUAACUCGCUUAGAGCCUGAGAAACUUCAAAACUAAUCUGAUAAAGCAGAGACUCUUUGUGUGACACAAAGUUUUGUCGAUUUACGGUGAUGAGUCAGGGAAUUUUGAAACAGGUUUUUGACUUCCCACCCUAACUUAUCAAUGAUCGACCUAAACUUACACUGCUGUAUCGAAAUUGUCUCUAUGUUUCUUGCUGUUCCAAUUUUCAAGUCUACGAAGAUAUGAUUUACCGUCUAAUAAUUUUAGCACUUGUUUUCAGAUGAGAUAUUAUGAAGUGACUAUUUUGCUCCUGUCGAUUUCCUAUUGAUUUUAAAAAUCUUGAUACAAAGAUAAUUAUUGACCAACUACUUUGUGUGUCCUUGUCUCUAAAAUUUUAGUGGGAAUUCAGUUCAUGUAAUAAGUCAUUCUACUUUACCAAUUGAUUGUACUUUCUCAAUCUUUCUUCACUAUUUCCUCUUGAAUUGAUUUUUUGUACCUUCCAAUUUGUCAUUUUUUUAAAGUUUUUAGCACUGUUAUAUUUUUAAUAGGGUAAAUUUUGGUACAAUGAUUAUCUCUGUUUCCAUUUAACUGUAAAUCUUUUAAGCUGUAUGUACUUUAAACAUUGAUGUUUCUCUCCUUUUGUGUUUAUUCUGUCAAUUUGUGUGAUAAAAUUGUUGAGGAUGGUUCAAUCGGCUUAAUUUAUGUGAUCCAUUCAUUUGUUCCAUUGUUAAAAAUAAAUUCAACUUCUUCAUAA